GUCUCCACCUCAGGGUGUUCAGUUGGGCUUCUCCAGACAAAGACCCAGGGCUGGACUGAGACUUCCUAGGACAGGGAAGGAAGGAAGACCAUGGGGCGAUUGACCUUCGUGAGCCUCAGCUUGCUGGUUGUGGCCCUCUCCCUAAGUGGAGCCAAAGGCUGCUGUUGUCCCAACGAUUGGCUCUCCAGGAAUGGCUUUUGCUACAAGGUCCACGAUCAGCUCAAGACCUGGAAAGAUGCAGAGAUGUUCUGCAGGAAACACAAGCCGGGCUGCCACCUGGCCUCCAUCCACAGCAUGGCAGAGUCAGCUGACCUGGCCGAGUACAUCUCCGACUAUCUCACAAAGAAGAACAAUGUCUGGAUCGGACUGAACGAUGCACAGAAAAAACGCAUCUGGGAGUGGACAGACAGAUCCUGCACCGACUAUUUAUCCUGGAAACCAGGAGAGCCAAAUAACAAAUUGGAAAAUGAAUUCUGUGUGGAGCUGUGGGCUGAUUUAGGUUACAAGCAGUGGAACGACGAGGCCUGCACCUCCCUGCGUGCUUUCAUCUGCCAGUGCAAAUUCUAGGGCAAACGGCUCCAUUUCCUGCUCCAGAGGGAGGGAAGCACCUGGUGAAGUCUGGAGAAGCAACGAAGCCCCCCUGCCUCCCUAAA